AUGCCUAAGGCAAAGAAAGUAUCUGCCAGAAAGCGGCGGUUAGCUGACAAGCUCAGAAAAAGAAAUCAGAGGGAGAAGCAAAGUCAAGAAUUCCAAGGCAGUACAAAAGAUUCUGAUCCAGAAUCUGUUGUUUCUUGCGAAACAUCAGAUGGAGCAGUGUGUGCUCCUCCCGGUAAUUUUCCGGGGCAAGGCUCUAUAGGGUUGCCUCCUGUUGAGGGAAAACCCUUGGCCAGAGUGCAGGCCUCUCUUCGUGAGAAAAUGCACUCACCUGCCCCGAGGUUGCCAUCUCCUCGGGGAAGCCGUCUGAUUGUCCAGAAGGGCAAGGCACCGUCCACUGACUCCCCACCGUGGGUUUGUGCUCCACCGAGGGCACCUGGACCGGACACCGUGCACGUGUCUGGUCCAGCAGGUCAGGCGCAGCUGGAUACCUCCUGGAAGGAGGAGACCAGUAGAAAACUAAAAGAUGAGGGCUACCUAAACGAUAUCAAAAAGGAAACUCUAAGUAACACAAACGGAAUAUUGAACGAAAAAUUGGAUACUGUAGAGAAUAUGAACACAGAAAGUAUAAAUGGAACUGUAGAAAAGAUGAUGGAAUGUAAAUAUAGCGAAGAGAUGAAACAAACUGUAACAAAGUUAAGAAUUGAUGAUGAAGAUAGUUUGAAAGGAAAAAAUUAUGCAGAAGAGAGUGAAAGAAAUAUGAGAAAAACUGUCAGUUUACCAAUGAAAGGAGAUGAAAACUUGUUGUUGCGUGUGAAAUUAAAAAGGAAGUUGAAUUACAAAGGCUACUUUGAAUAUCAGUUUGUUAAUACAAAACAUAUCAUGUCAGCCAUUUCAUACUUGAAGGAAAACAAUGAGUGGUAUAAGGAUAUACAGAUUGAAUCGAACUUUGAAGAAAUUGUAGAGGUUCAUGGGGAAACAACAGAGGGUGUAGAAACAGGGAAUGAUGUUGAAAAUGAGGAGGAAAUGGUUGCAUUUGACACAUGUUUACAGCCUGUAGAUGUUGCACAGGAAGUGUUAGACCACUAUUUUGAUGAUGUGUACAAUAUUGCACCAGGUGAAGGGAAGAACCCCAUUCGAAUGUUACAGGAACCUGGCAAUGAAGCUAAGGCAUUUCCUUGUCUCUUUCCAAGCGGUCGUUUCUCCUGGAAUGAAGAAAGAUCAGAAAAAUUAACACUUUCCAGGUAUUUUAAUAAUAGGUUAAUGAACGCAGAUUGCAGGUUUGCCAAAGAUACAAGUUACAUUUUCUUCAGUCAGUACAUGUCUGAAUUAAAUCAAGUGAUUGAGAAAACUCAAAUUUCACUUCGAAAAUCGUUAUCGAAAUGUACAGGCGGGAAACCAGUGACAAUAAAUAUGCUGCAAGAUCCAAAUACUCUCUCUAGUUUGUUGAGAAAUGAUGAUGCUAUAAGGUUUAUGCAGCCGAUAAGAGGAACACCUGCUUAUUGGGCAUCAGCACAGAAAGACCUCUUUGCUAUGUUGCGGCAAUUAGGAAUCCCAACUUGGUUCUGUUCGUUUUCUUCAGCCGAGUACAGAUGGAAUGAUGCUAUUAAAGCUAUAUUGCAACAACAGAGCGAUAACAGAAAUCCUGAUGAAAUGGACUGGUCCGAAAAGAAUGAAAUUCUAAGAUGCAAUCCAGUCACAGUGGCUAGGAUGUUUGAUCAUAGAUUUCAAGUGUUUCAUAAGGAGGUCAUACUUUCCCCAGCAGAACCAAUAGGAAAAGUAGUAGAUUUUUUUCAAAGGGUCGAGUUUCAGCAGAGGGGAUCUCCACACAUGCAUUGUUUAUACUGGAUUGAAAAUGCACCAAAUAUUGAUUCUGAUGGCGUCGAAGUUGUAUGUAACUUCAUUGACAGAUAUGUAACGUGUGCUGUACCAUCAGAAAGUGAUGAUGCCGAAUUGAGAAAAAGUGUCUUAGAAGUUCAACAACACAGCAAAAAACAUUCAAAAUCUUGUAAAAAGAAGGGAACAGAAUGCAGAUUUAAUUUCCCAAGGCCCCCAUCUCAAAAAACGUUCAUUACAAAUGCUCAGGAGGUGGAGGAAGAGAACUCAGAUGAAUGUGAAAAAGAGACAAUGGUAAACAAGACAUAUGCAAAGGAAUUAUUACUCAGUGUUUGGGAGAAAGUCCAGAACGAAGUUGACGGAAUCAUAACAACAGAAGAAUUGUUUGAUGAUCUUUCACUCAGUCAGGAACUAUACGAAGAAGCUCAUAAUAUCUUAUCGACAAAAAAGUCAGUUAUACUAAAACGCUGCCCAAAUGAGGUGUGGACGAACCAGUACAAUAGAUGUCUGCUGAAAUCAUGGGAUGCUAACAUGGACAUACAGUUUGUACUGGACCCUUUCAGUUGUAUUGUUUACAUUGUUUCUUACAUAUCGAAGUCAGAGAGAGAGAUGGGCAUGUUACUCAAACAGACAAAGUUAGAGGCUGAAGAUGGAAAUUUUGAUGCCAGACAGACGAUGAAAAAAAUUGGCUCAGCUUAUUUGCAUCACAGAGAAGUGAGUGCCCAGGAGGCAGUGUACAGAGUGUGUAAUUUAAAGAUGAAAGAAUGUUCAAGAAAAGUUGUCUUUGUGCCUGUUGGUGACAAUCCAGUGCGUUUAAGUAAGCCUCUAUCUGUGCUGAAAAAGAAGGCGCCAAAGGAUGUACAGCUUAUAGAUGAGGAAGACGAUGAUGAGAACGAAGUUUGGAUGACAAAUAUUGUGGAACGUUACAUGAACCGACCCGAUAAGCCGAUGUUCCAUGAAAUGUGUCUUGCUGAUUUUUGCUCUAGAUUCAGGGUGCUUGCUAAAUCACAAGUUCCUAAGAAAGAGAAUGAAAAUGUAUUUGAAUUACAGAAUGGAAAAGGUUAUGUGCAACAAAGAACAAGAACUCAGCCUGCUGUCGUAAGGUAUCCUAGGUUUAAUAAAGAGAAAAUGCCAGAAAAAUAUUAUCAGUCUCUUUUGCAACUUUUUCUUCCAUACUGGAUAGAGACACAGUUAAAACCACCAGGAUUUGAUUUAUAUGAGGAUUUCUAUAAUUCUGGUUAUGUGAGAAUUUCUGGUGAAAGACGAAACCGGUCGGUAAAAUCAAUUGUAGAAAUCAAUCACUCACAUUAUGCAAAAAAUGAAGAUUUGAUUGAGAAUGCGCAGGAAGCUUAUGAAAUGAAUGGCGAACCUGAAGAUGCAUGGUCACGUAUAUGUCCAGAAACAGAGGUUCUCAGAAGAGAAGGUAUUUCAGAGAGAAAGGAAACUGAACUGAUACAGGAGGAAAAUGUUGAUAUCAUACCAGACAUUGAAAACGAACAACAUAAUGCCGAUGUUAUGUAUCAUGUUCAGCAAGACGUAAUUUCAAGGGAAGAAAUGUUACCUGUUCUUCAAAAUCUGAAUGAAACACAGAGUGAAAUAUUUUACAUGAUGCGCGACUGGUGUCUAGCAAAAAUUGCAGGGGAGAAAUGUGAACCUAUACAUUUAUUUGUAACUGGAGGUGCGGGUACUGGAAAAAGUCAUCUCAUAAAAGCCAUUCAUUAUGAGGCAUCUCGUUUGCUUUCACGAAUAAUGAGCGAACCAGAAAGGAUAUCAGUGCUUCUCUCAGCAUUCACUGGAACAGCAGCUUUCAAUAUUGGCGGAAAUACACUUCACCAUUUAUUUUCAUUAACAAAGUAUCUUCCUUUGCCAUAUGAACCACUUGGAGAGCAAAGUCUUAGUGAAUUGAGAAUGAAGAUAGGAGAUGUUCAGAUUCUGAUCAUUGAUGAAAUAUCAAUGGUAUACAAACGACUUCUAUACUACGUACACGAAAGGUUGGUGCAAAUUAAGAAAUGCAAACAUCCAUUUGGAGGGGUUUGUGUAAUUGCUGUUGGAGACUUUUACCAGCUUCCCCCUGUUAAACAGAGAAAAGAUGAAAGACUAUACAAAGAAAAUAUGAGUUAUCCUAUGGAUUACUGGAUUGAUUUAUUUAAGUUCAUUGAGCUGAAAGAGAUCAUGAGGCAAAAAGAAGAUUUGUCUUUUGCAAAGAUUCUCAAUUCACUUCGUGUAAGAGAAAAAAAUGACCCGCUAACACAGCAACAAAGUGACUUUCUAGAAAACUGUAUCAGGGAGGGACCAGACGAUGUUCUCCAUGUGUAUUCUACAAAUGAAGAGGUUAACACAUUCAACCUUUCAAUGUUAAGAAGAACUUGCGAAGAUUUACUGGAAAUUGAUGCUCAAGAUUUUAAGAAGGACAAAACAUCCGAUGGACUUGUUAAUGGGGUCAUGGGGCAUAUAUGUCAGUUUGUUUUUGAAGAAAAUGACAAAAGAGUACUUAAAGCUGUAGGAGUAGUGUUUGAUAACAAGGAGGUUGGGAGGAAGUCUGGACAAAAGACAAAGAAUGGGAACAUAGUGUUUAUAGAAAGAGUGCAAGAAGAGAUCAAGGAUAGGAAGUAA